CAUGAAGGGCUCACAUACACAUCCGUCUGACUCAUUCACUGCAGUAUCAGGCAGGAAUACUGCAGAGAAAAAUGCUUCCUACAAGAAUCCCUUCAUUUGUAAUUGCCGCUUUGCUGGCGACACUUUCAGCAUCUCAUUUCACAACAGGUAAAUUUUCAGGCAAUAUACCAACUGAUUCUCCAAUUGAAAAUGAGGAAAUAAGGAAUAACACAAGUGAAAGUAUCAUGAAUACAACUAUCAAAAAUAUAAUCAUCAAAGGAUACACCAACCCUUGGAUAAAAGAAAACCUAGAGUUAACACAUCAGACCAUUUUAGAUUUAUCAUGUACCUUGACCAGCCUCCCAGACUUGCCGGCGUCAGUCACGGGCUACUGGAAGAAAGAUGGUAAAGAAAUUCCAGGAUCUCAAACUGUCAUAGAGAAGAAAGACGAACGGUUUCAUUUUCAGAACAAGCAAUUCAGGUUUCCAAUUACAGACAGUAGCCACCUUGGAAAUUACAGUUGUGUGUUUGAUUUGAGACCUGAGGCAGAAGCUAGAUUUAUUGUGACAGUUCCUCACACUGAGGGAAGGGAAAAGCCUCUUAUUAGCUAUGAAGGGGAUGCUAUUGUGAUGGUCUGUAAAGCACAUUCACACCUGCCCAAUGGAUGGACGUGGUACAGACUUAAUGGCACAGAGAGGAAUAUUAUCAAUGCAACACUAAAUCCAGAGAAAUUCACAACUGCAGUGGAAAAAGGGAAAAAAGCAUCUCUUAAAAUAAUGGGAUUAACACAAGAAGAUUCUGGCAUUUUCUGGUGCAGCGCCAUUUAUGAUAUUGGAUCAAGUGAAGGCCGUAUUCAUCUCAAAGUUCUCAGUUACACUGUCCCCCUGAAACCCUUCCUGGCUAUUGCUGUAGAAGUUUUAAUUCUUGUUUCUUUGAUUCUGAUUUAUGAGCACCAUACUAAGAAGAAACAAACAAUUACAGAAAAUGGCAAAGACAGUGAACAUACUGAAAAGUUAACAAGUGAUGGUAGCAAUGGACUGAGAGAUGGCACUGCAAGACAUCGAAAUGUGUAAAGUGUUCUGCGUAAAAGCAUUUUUCCCAUAAGAUGGAAAGCAGCCAACACCAGUACAAAUCACUGCAAGUCAUUAUAGAAGAGCUCUGUGUUGCUGUCGUGUAUUACCAAUAAACCUGAAAAGCUAUGUUAUUUGAAAUAAUUAAGCAUUCAAAUACUUCUGAUUAUUAACAUUAAAACAAGUGUCUCUUUACUAGUUUUAUAAUAGAUUUCUAUAUGGAAGAAUCCAUACUUUAUGAAUCUUUAACAAUGAAUGUAUGCCAUAAGGGUCCAAAUAUACUAGAAUAAGAUUAUUCUAAAUAUUUGUUUUUUCUUUUGCAGACAAACAGUUUUAAUGUUUUAUCUUAUUUCCUUCAAUAAUGCUAUUUUCAAAGAACCAUACCCAUGUCCAUUAACACUGAAUAUUGAUCCAUAAACAGAACUGCUCAUUUCAAAUUCAUUGUAAAGCUACAUUGGCACCAAGAAAUCACAGGAAAAUGUGAGCAAUGAAAUGACAGAAAUAUUCAGUGACACAUAUUCACAGCGAUACCAUCAUUUAACACUGAUUUGGCUAAAUACUUGGCUCUGAGAUGUUUUGCCAGUAUACAUUUGACACAUUUAAUUUUGUGCGCAAUUUCUGCACCAUUCAGUGUAAAAGUAUUUACCACAGUUUUUGGAAAAAGACAAGUAAAAAUCACAGUUUGCAUUAUGUGCAAGAUUUGUUCAUUAUGAAUUACAUUUACCGUACAAGACAGAGUAAUUCUGAGGCAUUAUACCUUACAAAAACACACAAUACACAGGCAGAGGUACAAUAAGACUUAAAGCAUUAAAUUAACAUGUUGUGCUAUGUGGCACAUAACAAUUUGCGGAUAUGAUGAAUAAUAAUCUGCAGCUUUCAGCAUAUUGUGUAAAAGAUGUGUAAAGUGGCUGUACCACUUUGAAACAUGAGGGCGGCCAUUUAAUUUUUUAAGUAAUGUCGCUGUAACAUGACAUUACUACAUUCCUCUUACCUUGUAAUCCAAAUUACAGUACUGUCAUAUCAAAGCUGGCUCCAUAUUUUCACUAGUUUACCUUCCACUUACUUCUCAUUGACAGUCCCUUUGUGGAAGAGGAGUCUCACACAAGGAUGGAGGGCUUGCUUGUGUCUAAUUGAGUUAGAGCAGGACCUAAUAUGGCUAAUGGAUAGCUUCAAAAGUACAAGAACAUUAGCACCUUUAGUAGGAGGUUAAGUGACAGAAAAUCAAAGAGGACACAUUAAUUGCCUUUUAAAAGGUACCAGUAGUCGAUCAACAGACAGAGGGACAGAUACACAGUGUUCACAUAAAGUCAACAACACCUCAUUGGAAAAGACACAAAGGUAAGGUAGAGACAAAUAUUCAAAGAUCAAGGUCUGGUUUCAAAUGCUCACAAAAGAUUAAAGAAAUAGUGACUAAGGCUUAUGGGAGGGCAUACAACUGCUUAUAAGCUGCCCUUAUGAUGUGACUAUCUAAUAGGAUACCAGACAGCUUAAUCAGAGGGACAGAACCGAUGGAGCCUAGGAAGGAUCAAGUGCAGGGAGUCUUUGGAAACAAGGGCACAAGUGGAGAAACAGGUAUGACAGGAGAUAGUGUUGAGUACACAAUAAGGUCUAAAGUAAAGUAAAGAACAUGAGGAGAACUACUAUGCGACCACAUACCUUUCAACAUGAUUACAUUGUAGUAAUGAAUGUUUAUCUAUCAAGUUGUACAUGUCGAUGCUGCAGGAUUUCAUGGUGUCUAUGAACACUUAGCCGCUUUACUUUUUCAAGGAAUGCAAACACACAGUUAUAUAUAUUUGUAAAAGUAAAAGUAUCUGUAUCUAUAGACUUCUAUCCAUAUAAACAAACAUUGUUUACGAUGUCACAUACAAUUCCAGGAACUUGUUUAUAAUUUUUGCACUUGGUAAUUAUUUUGCUGGCACAAAAUACCAAAGGUUUCUUUAAUGCUGGAAUGUACUGUAUUAGUGAAAUAUGAAGGCUAGCUAAUUGGCAUAUUUAAGUGUUUGAAUGCUAGUAUAUGCUAAUGAUGCCAUUUUGCUUUCUAUUAAACACAGAUAAUGUUAGCAGUAGUUUAAUUAAUGUACUAUUGAAACAAAUUUGUACUGCAUGAACUAACUGGUACAUUUUAUUCAAAUCUUUUGAAUCUGCCUUUUCAAACUGAAACCUAGCAAAAUGCUGCAAUAUUGUUACCUUUUAUUGCGAUGGGAAUGAGGAAUGAUACGUUGUCCAAAGUGUCUGUAUAGUCACUCGCUUCUUCACUCACUGUGCUCCAUUUGUCCUGACCAGUGUUUCAGACUGAUCGUGUCACCUUAUACUUAGAAACAGUCUCUGUGUAAUUCUGUGGAAGCUCACAGAUGAGAUAUAAUCUGCAUGACCUGGAUUAAGAUUAUAUGAGAAUGUUAUAUAAUAUUAUAAUAAACAAAACUAAUAUUUUGGUCACUAUUGAGAGUUACUUAUCACGGGUAAGUAAGCCAAUGUAAACUGACAAGCAAAUUUGAUAGUUUUGGUUAAAGAUUACCAGAAACGUUUAUUAUAAUGCUGGCAGACUAGCCACCACUGUUACUGAUCAGUGGCCAAUCUCACAAACACUGCUAACCUCAGUAUUAAAUUAAGGCCUCAAACCCAAUAGCACCUCAGUUUGCAUGUUCUGCUCAUAACUUGUAGGUAUAUUAUUUAUUCUUGUGGAAAGACUUCCUUUGGAAUAGUGGUAUGGGGAGGAUCAGACAAAGAAUGAUCCAAAAUUAUUCCCUAUACGGUGGAUUUAAUAAAAACACAGCAAACCUCAGUCAAACCACUCUUUAAAGAAUGUACUCUUGGUGUCAUACCUGCCUGUGAUACUCAUCUGCUUAUGCCUGGGUACCAGAGGACCCACGUAGACCUAGCAGGCAUAAAAACCAGCAUGAAGCUGUCAUGUGGGCUUCCCCCGACACAAUGCCAGACAGGCAUGCAACUGCAGAAAAUAUUAUGUAACAUUUGAAAAUUUUCUGUAGUGUUUUGGAGUUCACUAAAUUUAAAAUUCCUUAAAUAAAAGACAAGAAUACAAUAAUACAAGUGUCAUGAAUCACACAGAUCAGCACAGAAACAAUGAGUCUUUGUAAUGCCUUCAUACUGUACAUUUCACAUUCUUCAGAAAUGUGUGUUAAUGAGUAUUCAUUAAUCAAGGCUCUAUUAUCUCUUAAAAAUGUAUUUAACUAUUUCAUUUGCUUUGUUUAGGAUAUACCUCCAUACUGCAUGUGUCUUUUCUGGUCUAUAUUGUCAAGUUCAGUACUUCAGAAAUGUCCUUUAGAAUACCUUCUCUUGUUUUUAGACCUCAUCUUAUGAAGUUUCUGUGAUAAGCUCGAGCAAACUUUCAGUAGGUUGACAUACAGACUAAGAAAUAGUCAGCUUUGUGUACAAGUAUUGCAAAUAUUGCACAGUAAGAAUGAAUCACAUGUAUACUGUAUUUCACUGCAAAAAGAUUGUAUCUUUUUACUAUAUAUAAAUAACAUAAGCUACCAAAAAUGUAUGAGACUAUUUUAUGUUAAGCCAAUGCUAAAAAAGAAAAAUAAUAGAUCUCUUAAAGGAAAAAUGUGUGUAUGUUAAAUAAUCUAAACACAUUUCACAGUCUGUUUUUUUAAGUGUAUUUUAACUUCUCCUGUUAUAAAUUGCAAGUUCAAGAACAAUACAUAUUGUAACAGUCCUUUAUUUUUUCUCUACUGGAUUGCAUUUCAAAACACUUAUGUAGCUGUUAUUAUCAAUGAAAUCUGAUUAAAAAAUU